CACACUAGCUUAUGGGGCCGUCGACCCGAGCAGUCGCUCCGCUGAGAUGCCUGCCUGCUCCUUCUAGAGCCUGUUGGACGCCCCCUCUGGAUCCCAGGAACACGCCGCCCCCUCCCCCGACUUCUCACCGGGAGCAGAGGGUGGGGGUGGGGCCUGAGCCAGAAGGUUCCCUGCAAAAGCCGAGCCAGAAGAGUAAACCUCCGGAUUGGAGGCUUCGCCUGCAGCCUGGCCCUCCGCCCUCACCUGAGGAUUAGGCCCCGCCUGCCGGCCGCGUCGCCAGGACUCUGGCCUCCGGGGCUGCCUGGCAUCUGGGGGUUUCCUUGGAGCUCGAUCUUUUCUGGCAGAAGCCGAGGCUCACCAGUGUCUUCAGGCCCCUCCAUGCGUGAGACAAACCAAACCACUGUGGAGCCCUCAGAGCUCCCAACAGCAUCGUCCAUGUCUCCUGGAGUGGGCACUGGGGCCCGGGCAUGGCCCGUGCUGGUAGGGGUUGUGCUGGGGGCCGUGGUCCUCUCUCUCCUCAUCGCACUUGCUGCCAAAUGCCACGUCUGCCGCAAAUACCGUGCCAGCUACCAGCACCGCCCGCUGCCCAGGACAGGGAAGGGGAUCUGCCCGGAGGUGGCCGAAGAGGAUGAUGAUGGCUUCAUCGAGGACAAUUACAUUCAGCCCGGGAUUGGCGGGCUGGGGACCGAGGGUAGCAGGGACAACUUUUCCUUCUGAGUCCCAAUCUCCGGACACCCCACCCUAACCCCGUGCCCAUACCUGACAAUGUAAGGAUAAUGGAGACUCCACGAGGACCGUGAGGCUCAGGGACAGAGGUAUCUAGGGCUUCAGGGCGAACCAGGGGUAGAGCAUCCCUUCUUACCCUGACACUGGCUAC